UAGUUGAAGUUCGAAGUGACAGUGUUGGUGCAAUGGAGAAUGUUAAAGUCUUUCCUGUUGUUGUUUUUUCAGUUUUGUUGUGUGUUUUGGGGGUGCAAAGUGUGGACUUGAAGGAAUUACCAUCCUGCAAUUUCAGAGCAGUUUAUAACUUUGGUGAUUCUAACUCAGAUACCGGUGGUGGAUCAGCUGCAUUUUGGCCACAAGGACCUCCAUCUGGCAAUACUUUCUUUGGUAGGCCAGCUGGAAGGGGCUGUGAUGGGCGUUUGAUGAUUGAUUUCAUUGCUGAGCAUCUUGGAUUGCCUUACUUGAGUGCAUAUUUGGAUUCCAUUGGAACAAGUUUUCGGCAUGGUGCUAAUUUUGCCAUGGGGGGAGUAACCAUUAGGCCACAAAAUGAAUCAAUGUCUUUAAAUGGAGUACCUCCAUUCUCACUUGACAUCCAGAUGGUACAAUUUAAUCAAUUCAAGGCUCGCACUAGCUACCUCUACAAUCAAGCCAAGAAUUCCCACAGAAGUAAUCUCCCCAGACCUCAGGACUUCUCAAAGGCCCUUUACAUGCUUGAUAUUGGGCACAAUGACAUUUCUGCUGGUUUGAGGAAGAAGAAUGACACAGACUUUCAUCUUUCAGUGCCAGACAUGGUUGAACAGCUAGCUAAAGCAGUCCAAAAUCUCUAUGACCAAGGUGCAAGGACAUUUUGGAUACAUAAUACGGGCCCAAUGGGUUGCUUGCCUGUAUAUCUGCGCUACCAUGAUAUCAAGCCUGAUGAACUUGACAAGCAGGGCUGUCGCAAAGCUCAAAAUGACUAUGCUACGGAGUUUAACAGGAAGCUCAAGGACAGAGUUAUCAAACUUAGGAAAGAGCUACCACAAGCCGCGUUAACGUAUGUGGAUAUGUAUGCUGCAAAGUACAAACUGAUUGGCAAUGCAAAACAGCAAGGAUUUGUUGAUGCAACAGAGGUUUGCUGCGGAUUUCAUCAAGAUGACAUUCAUGUAUAUUGUGGCCAAAAAGCAAAAAUAAAUGGUACUGUAAUCUACACAGGUUCUUGUGAAGAUCCUUCCAAGUAUAUCAGCUGGGAUGGUGUCCACUACAGUGAGGCUGCCAAUCAUUGGGUUGCUAAUCAUAUAAUCAAUGGUUCAUUUAGUGAUCCGCCUCUGCCAAUUACACAUGCAUGCCAUAAGCUUACCUAGUCUUGAGUGAUUACUUCAACAGAUGUAUUAAUCAUGCAUGGAAUCAACUUUAUUACUCACUUAUUUUCAAGGUCAGAUAGGAUGUUUCUUCAUUUCUUUGCAACCAUGCUGAUGAUAAUAAUUGUUGACAGGAAAACAUAAAAGAAGCAAAUGUUUAUUUUUCAGUUCUCAUUAGCUAUAGGACGGCAUUGUUUCUUAGCAAUUCAGUGAAACCUCCUUUUUUAUUGAAGCCAAGAUUUAAUUUCAGCAGGUAAAGAAUGUUCAGAUAUACAUUCAAUUUUUCUUUUGAUGCUCUCAGUAGUCAUGUAUAUAUAUGCCUUUGGCAAUGAUAUAAACCAGUAAUAUGAAGGAUCCCAAAAUUUGGCCCUUUAAACUAUCCUAUCC